GGCUGCCCCUGCCGUUAGUUGCCAGUUCCCUGCACAGAGUGGGGCAGUUGCUGGGUGCUGGGUGCUGGGGCUGGGCUCUCUUGGUCCUUCCUGGGGACGGGCUGUUUCUGGGCUGCUCUUGUCCCAAGUAGCAGGCUGCUGUGUUCCCAGCUCUUUGGUGAUGUUGGUCUCCUUCCUUCAGACUUUCCUAUAUAAGGCACUUGGUACCACGCUGGCCUCUUGCCAGGAUGUUGCCUACGUGAAAUCCCAGCUCCAGAAAUUUCUGAAGGACACAGAUUACAUGGACGCUUCGGAGAGAGAGCAAGUCGUGAGCAUCCUGGCUUUCUCAGCCAAGGGCCACCUGGACCUCACCCUGAGCACCCUGGAGGACUUUGGUGCUGCCAUAAGUAAAGUGCAGGUGUCUGGGAUCAUCAGCCUCCUGCAGGACUUUCACCAGGGGAGAAGAGGCAGGACCCACAGGGCCUUGAUCGUGGCCUACAGCCAAAUUGCUGUGCAUGCCCCCCAAACACAGCUGCUCCCCCGCGUGGAGCGUGACAUCACCAGGAGGGUCCUGCAGCACUACAUGAGCAGCUGCCAGGUGCUUGGCAUCACCAUCCUCAAUAAGGACCUGGACUUAAAGCUGACCCUCAUCCGGUCAGUCACUGAGAUCAGCCGUGCCAUCCAGGACGCUGACGGCUCCCAGAGCUUCCAGUUCACGUACAAAGAGGAGCUGCUGGGGUACAUGCUGGACUUCAUAAAAGAGGAACCGAUGGAUUCCCUGGCCUCUCCUGUUCGCCUCACGGCCAUGCUUGCCAUUAAGCACCUGAGCAAGGUGAAACCCUCCCUGAAUCGGGAUGCAAACAGAAGCCUGCUUGAAACCUGCCUCAGGUGCCUGGUACCUCUCCCAGCUGUGCAGCACCUGACACAGGAGGGGGAGACAGCUCAGGACUCAUUGCAAAUACAGUCCUUGCACGAGUUGUCCAUGCAGGCCUUGGGCAAGCUCAUGAGGGGCCUCCUUGAAGAAGACCCCACUGAGAGCUGGGUCAUGGAGAUGUUCCACCUUCUUGAGCCAUGGCUUUCAGUUGACAAGGAGUGGGAGAGGGACAGGGCCUUGCAAGGCAGCGCCCAGCUGCUUGCUGCCCGCCGAGAGGCCGUCUACUGCAGACUGCAAGAGCCCUUCGGAAAAACUGGGUUCCUGCUGGGGCUGCUGGCGCCCUACACCUAUGCCUCUCUCACCACAUCCUGGCUGUGGGCUGCUGACUGCAUUGCCUGCCUCCUCCCCAUACAAGCCAAGGUACCGUAUCAGAUAUCAUUACAGCCCUCCAUCCUCUUUAUUUUUAUUCCAGAUCAGUCCAUGGGCAUGGAUGCAGCGGAGGAGGAGCUGAGGGGGAUCCGGGAGGAGCUGAAAGCCUCCACCCCCGAGACUGUGCUUGCCGCAUCCUCCCGCAUGGCCAAGGUCCUUGGAAAAUAUUUUCCAUCAAGCCAGACCCAUGAGUUUAUGGAGACCGUGCUGAAUGGCAUGCUGAGAGCCAGCCCCACAUGUGUCACAGCAGGAGGACAUUGGCUCCUCAGCAUUAUCAAGGAACAUGGAGAGGCCUUGCUGAAGGAGGUGCCGGACAUCCUGGGCACCAUAACGAUGCACAUGCCAGCUAUGCAGGAAGGGUGCAUGAAGAGCUGCCUGCUGGAAGCUGUGGCCAGUCUAGCAGGCUUCCACGUACAGGCCGUCACCAGCAGCCUGCUUUGUAGACCUCUGCCCAUAGACAGUGACACCUCUGAAUUGUGGCGGGCGGUGGGUGGAGGCGAUGAUUUCUCCGUCCAUGUGCUGCAUUUGCUCCUCGCCAAGCUGGACCAUCGGGCUGAGACGGAGAGCAGCUCACUCACCGCAGCAUUUGAGCCACUGGCAGCAACCUGUGCUGCUUUGGAGAUUAUCAGCACCCUGCAGUGUGGCCAAGUGCUGAGGGACAUGCUCUCAGCCAUGCUGCGUGCUCUUGUGGAGCAAACAAGCCACACUGUGGGGCAAAAAAUGCCAGCGCCCGGCGGGAGCCUGAGCAGCAUAACGGAUGGCCAAGUCCACGUAGUGGGCAACCCUUGCAGGCUUUCCAUGGAGGCCCUGGCCUGCGCCAUUUCAAAGGGCAUAGGGGAAAGUGUGGCCGCAUCCCUGUGCAAGGAGGGAACGUGGCCCUUGCUCGAGUGCCCAGAGACACACCACGAGGGGGUGUGCCAGCUGGCCAGGGCUCUGCUGCCGUCGGGCAUGGUAACGCCAAAUUUCAUCAAGGAGAUCCUCAAAUGGGUGCGGGCUGCGUCACCAAAGCUGAGGCUCACAGGGACAGCCUUCCUCAGCCAGCUUACGAGUGACCCGUCCAUUCAGGACGAGGAGCUGCUGAACCCAGCCCUUCUUCUGCUGGCGGAACGAGCCAAGGACGGCAAUUACGCCGUUCGGCAGAUGGCAUCCAGGGCCUUGGGGAACGUGGCACAUGGUGCCCCUAAGCAGCUGAAACACCACCGGACCCUCAUCCUGGACACCCUGGUCCAAGCCUCCUUCGUGCCAUCUUCAGAUAAGCUAAUGACAGAGGGCAUGAUAUCUCUGGCCAAGGUCCUCAGCCAGUUAGGGACCAGUACAGGGCCCGUCAUUUUGGCUGUGGGGACACACGUCAGGGCCUUUUUCGACCACAAGGAUGAUGCCCUGCGCAAAGCCUCAUUUGCCCUGUUCACCACCUUGGCAGGGUGCCUCAGAAAAAGAUGGCACGCUUGGUAUAAAACCCAGGUGCGGCAGAGCUGGGCAGCGCUGCUGCUGCACCUGCAGGACCCCAACAAGGAGGUGGCCAAGGAGUGCAGAAGAGCUGUGGGCCUCUGCUGCCCUUACCUGGGGCUCAGGAGGGUGCAGGGAGUCCUGGCCUUUUAUGUGCAGGGGUCAGGAGAGGUGCGGGUCAACGUCCUGCUGCGAGACCUUUGCAGGCACUUGGUCAAAGAAAAACCGGCACUCCUGGAGGGUCUGUGCUACAGGACCAGGAGGUACUACACCAGCUCCUGGCCAGAGAUCCGGGCAGCAGCAAUACAUUUUACCGGCAUCAUGCUGGAGUACAGCAGCCCAGGGACUACCAGGUGGCUGAACAUCGCCCACUUGCAGAGCUCUCUGAGGUCUCUGGAAAAGGACUCAUCACCACCAGUCCAAGUCGCGGCCACCCAGGUCCUGGAGGCAAUCUCGAAAAGCCCUUGGGGAAGGGUAACAUCUCCAAACGCAAACCAUGGGUGUACUCUGCCCCGUAUAUUUUCUAUGUUUUGCUUUGGGUGCCUGAGGCCCGGCACAAACUAAGAGCAAGCUGCUACACAUGCAUGUGUGUGCACACGCACGAUUUCUGUAAAUAAAUUCUG